GACUAUCCUCGUUCAGUGACAUUCGCAUGAAAAUUUAUUGCCGUUUUUGUCUUAAAACUAUGUGCGUUUUACAUCUGGUGUUGCUUUGCUGCUUCUUCACGUCAGUGACACCUAAAGACGUGGAAUAUGCUUGCCUAGCAGUCAGAGAAGCUAUGCUCACUGUGGUCUGCAAGAUCAACAAAACAGCAACCGCAAGUGCAGGAUGUAUCUCCAUGCAAAACAAUGUGACGUUUGAUUUGACACUGACAGAAACAGUAACAAAAUGCGUUGGACCACCACUACCGCCAAAUGCUGUUUGUGAAAAAAAGAACAACCCUAACCCUAAUACUUGCUGGUGUGAUGAGUCAGAUGGAGAAAUUUUUACUUACAAGUAUUUAUACAAAGUCGACAAAAGCCAAGAUUUGGGGGCCCUACUGAAAUGUAAAUAUUGUGCAAAGGCACCUCCAUAUAAAAAAGCAGAAGCCCUUGAUGGUUGCAACGUGACUGAUAUUGACACAGAACCAUCGCUGACACACAGGAUUUGUGGAAGGCUGUCGCUGCUCGUUGCACUUUUCUUAACAGGAAUGUUCAUUGUUACGCUGCUGUAGCAAAGAAGAAGGCCUCCUGUGUACUUCAUUAUUUAAAAUACUGCAUUCUUGGGCUUACGUACCUCCUAAUAUGUAUGCUAAUAUAAUAUCUGCAAUUGGUGUGGUGUUGGCUGAAUAGCUUCUGUUUGUUUAAAAGCGUAUUCACUAUUAUUGUCCAUUGUAUCUAUUAACUUUUGUCUAUUUGCAUUGUAAAAACAAAAUAAAGAGAAUAAACUUGUAAAAGAGUGUAUACCGCUCCCUUUCUCUUGCAUUUUCCCCUGCUCUGUUUGUGAAUGUGUGUGGGAGAGUGGUUGGGUGGAAGGGAGAGACAUAUAAUUGUGUAAACAAGAUUAUUAUGUGACUGCUUGCCAUAAACUAAGGCUGUAAUAAAUGAUUGAAAACCGAGCAUUUUCUACUGUCUUUCCCUUCUGUCUUUUCCCUUCUCUUCUUUCCUGAAAAAAAGGUUUAGAUGAAUAAGUUUAUUAGCGGCUGCACAGGCAGCUAAAGACCUUUUUGUGUAAAAAU